CUCAACACUAGUCUUAUAGUUUUUUCACACUAUGAAUGGUGCUGGAGGCAACUCUACUCGGCUUUUGUUUGACGACGACGACUACCCCGGAUCACCAAUGGGCAGCAUUGUGUUUGCAGUGAUAACGCUCGCAGUUAUUCUUGUCCUGUUCAAGAUUCUCUACGAGCGGUGUGUGACGCCGCUGUCGGCUGUGCCUGGACAAAUCGUUCACUCGAUAACCAGCAUUCCGAUGCGGUACCAUAUGAUACGAGGCGACUUGCCAGAGUUUUUGCUGAAGCUGCACCAGAAGUUUGGACCGAUAGUACGGAUUUCACCUCAGCGCGUAUCGGUUGCCGACCCGGACAUUAUCAGGCAUGUUCUUGGCUCGCACACGUUCAGGAAGACGCCCAGCUAUGAGAUGCCCGAGGGGAUUGAAGCCAAUGCAUUUUCGACACAAUCUCCGGAGCUCAGCACGCAUAGGCGCAGACAGAUAGGGGCCGCUUUUUCGCACCGCAACUUGACUGGCAUGCAGGACAAGAUUUUCGAAGCGACAGUUCUGUCCGUGCGGGAGAAGCUUGAUGCCAAGUUGGCUGAAGCGGCUGACAACAAGGGGCAGGUUGUGGUAAACAUCUACUCGUGGUUCUCGCUGAUUUCGCUCGAUACCAUUGGGAUAUUGGCGUUCGGACGCAAUUUCCAUGCGUUAAAGAACGAGAUGCAUGAGCUAGUUCCACUGCUGAACCGUGUGCGGGUCCUCAGCUAUGUUACCAUGGCGUUUCCGUGGCUGAAGCAGAUCCCGAGGCUGGUUGGGUGGAGGCUGACGACCAUUUCAAAGGUUCUCGAUUUUGCCCAUAGUGCGGUUAUCGAGAGACGUGCACAAGAGCAGAUUCCAGUUCCCGAUAUCCUGCAGCACCUGAUUAACGCUGGAACAGUUCCAGGAGACCAGUGCCAGCCGAUGAGCGAUUCCCAGAUCGCCUCUGAAAACCUUGUGCAGCUGCUGGCAGGGGUUGACACUACUUCUUCGGGGCUGACGUGGACUUUGAUGCUACUGUUAUAUAAUCCGCACAUUCUGAGACGAGUCGUCAGUGAGCUGCGCAGCGAGUUUCCGCAGGACCACGUCAUUUCCUUCUCCGACUGUCGCCAGCAGCUGCCAUAUCUGACAUCGGUCAUUACUGAAUCGCUCCGCAUUAUGCCACCAGCGCCUGGCAUGCUACCGCGUCUGGCACCUGCUGACGGCGUGCGGCUAGGCGGAUAUUUUCUGCCGGCUGGUACAUGGAUCUGCUGCGCUAUUGGGGCGCUGCACAUGAACCCGUCUGUGUUCCCGCAGCCGAGUGCAUUUGAUCCUGAGCGGUUUUUGGGCGAGAAGAAGCCUGCGAAUAUGCUGGCGUUCUCGACUGGCGUGCGGGCGUGCAUUGGCAAGAACCUGGCGCUAGUCGAGCUGCAUGUGGUGCUGAGCAACCUGCUGCUGCGAUAUAAUGUGAGGAUUGCAAAAUCGGAGGUCAGCAGCCGACAGCAGGAUGGUGAGUCGGAGGUUUUGGCUGGAAGGGUGCCCGACAUUCCGCACAAGACGCAUAUGACCAUGAACCCGACACGGCCAGAGCGCGACUGUCUGGUGGUACUUUCGCACAUAUAAAGUUAAUUAGGAGUAAAGACGCAAAAAUAACAGUAACAAAUU